ACCCCUCCCCCUCCGGCCGAGCAGUGACUUAAGCAACGGCGGGCGGUGAAGCCCAUUUUUCGCCUUCCUCGCAGUGGCGGCUGGCGGCCCCCGGCACGCGGCCCCCACGUUCUGGUCCGAGAUGAAUGUUGCAGCAGAAGCCGAGUUCAACAUUCUCCUGGCUACCGACUCCUACAAGGUUACUCACUAUAAACAAUACCCACCCAACACAAGCAAAGUUUAUUCUUACUUUGAAUGCCGUGAAAAGAAGACAGAAAACUCCAAAAUAAAGAAGGUGAAAUAUGAGGAAACGGUAUUUUAUGGGCUGCAGUACAUUCUUAAUAAGUACUUAAAAGGUAAAGUAGUGACCAAAGAGAAGAUCCAGGAAGCCAAAGAGGUGUACAAAGAGCAUUUCCAAGAUGAUGUCUUUAAUGAAAAGGGAUGGAACUACAUUCUUGAGAAAUAUGAUGGGCAUCUUCCAAUAGAGGUAAAAGCUGUUCCUGAGGGCUCUGUCAUUCCCAGAGGAAAUGUUCUCUUCACAGUGGAAAACACAGAUCCAGAGUGUUACUGGCUUACAAAUUGGAUUGAGACUAUUCUUGUUCAGUCCUGGUAUCCAAUCACCGUGGCCACAAACUCUAGAGAACAGAAGAAAAUAUUGGCCAAAUAUUUGUUAGAAACAUCUGGUAACUUAGAUGGUCUGGAAUACAAGUUGCAUGAUUUUGGCUACAGAGGAGUCUCUUCCCAAGAGACUGCUGGUGUAGGAGCAUCUGCUCAUUUGGUUAACUUCAAAGGAACAGAUACAGUAGCAGGAAUUGCUUUAAUUAAAAAAUACUAUGGAACAAAAGAUCCUGUUCCAGGCUAUUCUGUUCCAGCAGCAGAACACAGUACCAUAACAGCAUGGGGGAAAGACCAUGAAAAAGAUGCUUUUGAACAUAUAGUAACACAGUUUUCAUCAGUGCCUGUAUCUGUGGUCAGCGAUAGCUAUGACAUUUAUAAUGCGUGUGAGAAAAUAUGGGGUGAAGAUCUGAGACAUUUAAUAGUAUCAAGAAGUACAGAGGCACCACUAAUAAUCAGACCUGAUUCUGGAAAUCCUCUUGACACUUUAUUAAAGGUUUUGGAUAUUUUAGGUAAGAAGUUUCCUGUUACUGAGAACUCAAAAGGCUACAAAUUGCUGCCACCUUAUCUUCGAGUUAUUCAAGGAGAUGGAGUAGAUAUUAAUACCUUACAAGAGAUUGUAGAAGGCAUGAAACAAAAAAAGUGGAGUAUUGAAAAUGUUUCCUUCGGUUCUGGUGGAGCUUUGCUACAGAAGUUAACAAGAGAUCUCUUGAAUUGUUCCUUCAAGUGUAGUUAUGUUGUAACCAAUGGCCUUGGGAUUAAUGUCUUCAAGGACCCAGUUGCUGAUCCCAACAAAAGGUCCAAAAAGGGCCGAUUAUCUUUACAUAGGACACCAGCAGGGAAUUUUGUUACACUUGAGGAAGGAAAAGGAGACCUUGAAGAAUAUGGUCAUGAUCUUCUCCAUACUGUCUUCAAGAAUGGAAAAGUGACAAAAAGCUAUUCAUUUGAUGAAGUAAGAAAAAAUGCAAGGCUGAAUAUCGAACUGGAAGCAGCACCUCAUUAGGCUUUGUUUUAUGACUGGGUCUGUGUGCUAGCCUAUGUGUGUGCGUGUAUGUGUGUAUUUACGUGCAUGCACGCACGUAUAUACCUGUGUGUAUGUAAUACAUGGUGUUUAUUGUACAGAUGUGUGAGGUUUUCUUGUGUUUUAUGAUACAUUACAGCCAAAUUAUUUGUUGGUUUAUGGACAUACUGCUCUUUCAUUUUUUCUUUUUUUUCAGUGUUUGGUGAUCUCAAAUUAAGAAAUGCACUUAACCAUGUAAAAGAUUAAUGCUAAAGUCAGCUUUUUAGGGCCCUUUGCCAAUAGAUAGUAAUUUAAUCUGAUAUUGAUCUUUUCACAAAUAACAGAACCAAGAAACUUUUAUAUAUAACUGAAGAUCACAUAAAACAGAUUUGCAUAAAAUUAUCAUGAUUGCUUUAUGUUUAUAUUUAACUUGUAUUUUUGUACAAACAAGAUUGUGUAAGAUAUAUUUAAAGUUUCAAUGAUUUAACAGUCUUUCCAACUUUUCAUGAUUUUUAUGAGCACAGACUUUCAAGAAAAUACUUGAAAAUAAAUUACAUUGCCUUUUGUCCAUUAAUCAGCAAAUAAAACAUGGCCUUAACAAAGUUGUUUGUGUUAUUGUACAAUUUGAAAAUUAUGUCAGGACAUACCCUGUAGAAUUACUAACCUCACUGCCCCGGUAGAAUAUGUAUUAAUCAUUCUACAUUAAAGAAAAUAAUGGUUCUUACUGGAAUGUCUAGGCAGUGUACAGUGAUUAUAUACGUUGGUCAUUGUAUUGUACCAGUAAAAUGCCAAAUUUGAAAGGCGUGUACUGCAAUUUUAUAUGUCAGAUAUUGCCUGUGGCUAUAAUAUGCACCUCAAGAUUUUAAGGAGAUGUUUUUAGAGAGAAUUUCUGCUUCCACUAUAGAAUAUAUACAUAAAUGUAAAAUAUUGACAGAAGUGGAAGUAGUGUAUUUUAAAGUAAUUACACUUCUGAAUUUAUUUUUCUUAUUCUAUAGUUAAUAUGACUUAAUGAAUUACUGGAAUGGAUAGUAAGUGUACUUGUUUUAAAUUUUUUUAUUCUGUUAUAUUUUUCAUUAAGAUUUUUAAAAAUUAAAUUGGAUAUUAAAUUGUAUGGUUAUCACUUAUUAAUUUUAAACUGAAUCCCUCAAUAAAUACUCAAGCAAGUUCUUAAAUGAAGAUAAGUUAUCCCUAGUGAAAAGCAUGACAACAUGAGUUUGAAUAGAAGGAUCUUAACCAAAAACUGAAGGUUGGCUAAAUUCUAGGUGUUCAGCAUCAAAAUGUCAAAGAGUGAUUAACUGCUAGAUUCUGAGUCAGUCAUCACAUCUAACUGGAGACCAGUUUUUUUAUUUUUUUAGAUGAUUCUUUUAUAUUUAGGUCUUGUAAGGCAGGGGUUGGACAACUAUGGCCUGCAGGCCAAAUUUGCACUGCUCUUUUUCUGUAAAUACAUCUUGCCUAUGGCUGCUGAGGACAGUAGGAGAAAUUGAGUAGUUGCAAUAGUGACCACAUGGCUGCCUACAAAGCCUGAAAUGUUUUAUUACCUGGCCCUUUACAGAAAAAAUUUCUUGACCCCUAUUCUAAGAAAAGGAGUGUGCAUUGAAUUUUAAGAGAAAUACUGAUUUUCAUGGACGGGAGGCUAAGUUGAUACAGAGUUUGUCUCUUUUGUUCUUUGUUUUCUCAUUUAAGAAUCUGAUAUUGGAAGACUAAUUUAGAAACACUUUAACAAGAUGACAUUAAAUGUGAAAUUUUAAAAGUUGAAAAGCCAUAAAUCAUGUCCUCUAAACAGUUACAUGAGAAAUAUUUUAUCAGUAGAGUAACCUAAUGAGAGGUGAGUUGCCUUUAUUAAACAUCUUUUAUAAGCAUCAUUAAAAAAUAUAUAGGUUUUUGCAAAUGAUUUCAAACACUUGUUUAACGAGAACAAUAAGCAUUAUUCACUUUUAGUAAGAACUUCAUCCUGUAAUUUCUGGUAGAAAGUAAUUUUAAGCUGAAUUUUUUUAAUGUAUCUAAAGAUUAGUAGUAUUAAAAAGAAUACACACCUUCACAAAAUGUGCUAAGGGGCUUAUAGAGAAUCAAGGAACUAUUUAUUACCAAUAACAACUUUGAUAACCAUCUAUAAUUUUGAUUUUGUUUAAACAUUGGAAUUAUAUUGUAGAUUAUAUUCUUUGUGUACUAUGAAUUGCAGCAGUUUCAAAGUAUUUAGAGGAGGAUUAUAAAGCUUUCAGUGAAUGCUAAAAUCUGUACAUUUGUACUCGGUCAUAGAUUGGGGACUGGAAUGAUUAAUUUUAUUAGCUCUUAGCCACUUGGAACUGAUUAAUCCUGAAUUUCCAUCACUAAGCUCUUAGUAUUAGGCCAUCCCCAUUCUGAGUAGCAGUGGUUAACAUAGAUAUCAAAUAGAACUCUGCUGUGUGUCACCCUUAAAUCAGCCUAACUAUUCCAGACAAAAGCAAAUGGCAUGUGUGGGUUUGCUUACGUCAUUAGAUUUGCAACUGAUAACAGUUUAUCCCCCUCAAUUCAUAAUAUCAUGAAGUGUUUGUAUUUUAAAUAGGAGAUAGGAGUUCUGUAUUAAGACUCUUUAUUUGUACUAUAUACUUAAAAGCAAAAUGGUUUUAAUGAUUAUCCCUUAUUUCCUUUAAUUAUUAUGAGAAAAUAUUUUAUAAUGAAAUCCAUCUUGGAAAACUAGAAAGAGAAAAGCGGCAAGGUAUAUAUUGUUCUGUUUGCCAUAAUUUAGAAUUCUGCACUUAAACAAGUAUUUUGUAGUUUUACAUUCCUUUUUAACCCAUUCAGUGGAGAAUUUCAGCUUUUCUCCAAAGUUGUGUGUUAAAUCUCAUAUGUAUUCAACAUCAAAGAUAAACAUGUAAUAAACAUGGAAAUAAAGUUUAGCUCUAUUAGUGAAAUCUUAAA